AUUUAAAACCCCAAAAGAGGGGUGAGGAAUCCUGUUAAACGUUGAGGCGAUCGAUCGAUCCAGGAGGAAAGAAAGGGGGAGAAAUGGCUUCCGUGGUGAGGAACGUUCUGAAGAGCAUCAGAGAGAAGGGUCUUGUAAGCUUCGCAAGAGAGCUUCGUGAAGAAGGAUUUCUGAAUUGUCUAAGUGAUGGAAAUCUUUUGCAAACGAAGAUUCACAACAUUGGUGCUACGCUAGUGGGUGUUGACAAAGUUGGCAAUAAAUACUAUGAGAAGCUUCAUCAGACACAAUAUGGAAGACACAGGUGGGUGGAAUACGCUUCCAAGGAUCGUUACAAUGCUUCUCAGGUCCCACCUGAAUGGCAUGGUUGGCUGCACUUUAUAACUGAUCACACUGGAGAUGAGCUUCUAAUGCUUAAGCCAAAGAGGUAUGGAUUGGAUCACAAGGAGAACUUCUCUGGAGAAGGGGAUGAAUACAUCUACCAUUCCAAGGGCCACACACUCAACCCUGGUCAAAGAGAUUGGACCAGGUAUCAGUCAUGGCAACCCACCAAGACCCAAUAAAUCUAUCAAUCUGCUUUCCCAUAAAUCAUAAUCCAUCAAUAAGCACUCUUGAAUUUUGCAAAAUUCAUCCAUCAAUCUAUCGUUCUGUAUCUGUAUCAGUAACUUGAGUUUGGCUUUUCGUUUUUCAUCUAUCUUCUUUCUUCAAACAAUAUCAAAAUGCCUCUCUACUGUUUCUUAUUCA